CAAAUUAGAUUUUAAUGUUGAAAUUGAAGACAUAUUCGAAAAAAUAUGUGACGAAUAUUACGAAGAUCUUCAGAAUUUAAAAAGGAAAUUAAAAAAAGAAGAGCCUCAAAUUUCUUAUCGCCCUAAUUUGGAUUUGGAAAAAUUAAAAAUUCCAAUAUUCUAUGGCGAUAUUAAAGAAUGGGCAAAUUUUUAUAACGUGUUCCAAGAAAUGGUACACAAUAACGAGCAGUUGCCAAGCGCAGAGAAAAUGCUGCGUCUUCGUCUCUGCUUAAAAGGCGAAGCUGCGCGAUUAAUUCAGCACCUACAAAUUUCAACAAGAAAUUAUGAAGCUGCAUGGAGUCUGCUAAAACAAAGGUAUGACAACCAAAGAAUUCUGUUCACAACACAGUGGGAUAGAAUAAUGGAUCAACCAAAUAUAAAUAGUGACAAUGCUGAAAGCGUGAGACAACUAUUAGAUACAACAAAUGAGUGUCUUAAUGCUAUAGAGUCACUGGGAAUAAGCAUUGAACAAGCUGAUCCAUUUAUUGCGCGUGUAAUUGUCCGGAAGUUAGACAAAGAAGGACUGAAGUUAUAUGAGCAAACAGUUAAAAAGACGAGAGAAAUUCAACAAUUAUCGGACAUCAGAGAUUUUUUGGAUCAACAUUUUCAAACAUUGAAAGCAGUGGCUGAUAAAGAACAUCUUAAUAAAAAUCGUAAACAACAUAUGUUCAAAGUCAAUAAUACCUUCAAUAAUACAAGACAGCCAAUCAAGCAGAUGUGUUCCUAUUGUAAAAUUGUAGGUCACACUUUACAGCAAUGCAGAAGAUUCAAAAGCAUAACCAUUGAUGAUAGACGUAAAUAUGUAAAAGACAACAAAAUCUGUUACAGGUGCCUAAAUCAUAAUUGGGGAGAAAUUUGCAACAGCAACAUCAAGUGUACGAAAUGUUCUCGAAAUCAUCAUGACACCCUACAUGUUGAAUCCGAAGAGAGCAAAAAAGUUAUGUCCACAACAAAUAGCUCAAAAGCUGUUAUACUAGCUACAGCUCAAAUAAGAGCAAAGACAGCAAGUGGAGAAUAUAUAUUGCUACGCGCACUUAUAGAUCAAGGAUCACAAAUAACCACAAUAUCCGAAGAAGCAGCACAGAUAUUAAAACUGCCGAGGAUGAAAACAAAAACAAAACUAUAUGGUUUAAGUGACGCUGUAGUUGGUGAAUCAAAAGCUACAAUUCAAGUUGAAAUUAAACCAAGAUUUUUAAGUAACUACAAAGAAAAGGUAAAUGCCGUAGUUUUACCAGUUCUAACCAGUGCACAACCGGAUAUCUCAUUUAAUUACAACUUUAAAAUUUGGGAAAAUUAUACUCUUGCUGAUCCGUUAUUCAACAAAUCAGACAGAAUUGAUAUGAUAAUUGGAGGAGAUAUAUUCAGCAGUAUAAUUGAAAACGGAAUUAAAAAAGAUCACGGUGUUCUUGGUCAAGCGACGAAAUUCGGCUGGAUAUUAUCUGGCAUAGUUAAAGCAAAAGUUACUGGCAAAAUAACGACAGCGGUAACUAAUUUGGAACGAUUUUGGGAAAUCGAAGACAUAUCAACUGAUGAUGAUGUACAAGAAGAUGACACCACCUUGAAGCAGUACGAAGAAACUACCAAAAGAGAUGCAGAUGGCAGAUUUAUUGUGGAAAUUCCAUUCAAAAAAGAUAAAGAAUUAGGAGAAUCACGUAAGAAGGCAGUAGCGCGUCUAAUAUCAAUGGAAAACAGAUUCAAGAGCAACAGUAAACUCAAAGAAGAAUACAGCAAAUUCAUCAAAGAAUAUAUAGACCUUGGCCAUAUGAGAAAAGUUGAUGACAAACAAAGAGGUAAAUAUUAUUUACCUCAUCAAGCUGUUAUUCGGGAAAAUAAUAUAACAACAAAACUUCGAGUGGUAUUUGAUGCAUCAGCAAAAACAUCAAAUGGUAGAAGUCUUAAUGAUAUCAUGUGUACUGGACCCAAAUUACAAAGAGACAUAUUCGAUAUCUUACUUAAAUGGAGGCUUUGGGAAGUUGUCAUCACCGCUGAUGUUGAAAAAAUGUUCAGGCAAAUUAAAAUAGCCAAAAAGGAUCAGGAAUAUCACAGGAUUGUAUGGCGUGAAAGUAAUAUGCAAAAAAUAGAUGAAUAUGAGUUAACAACAGUAACAUACGGGACCGCAUCUGCGCCAUAUCUAGCAGUGCGUACAUUAUUUGAAAUCGCUAAUAAGUGUCCAAUUGAAAAGUUACAAAAAAUAAUUAAAGAGGACUUCUACAUGGAUGAUCUUAUGACCGGUGCAAAUUCAGUAGAAGAAUGUGAAUAUAUACAACGAAACAUCAGCAAUCAUCUUCAGGAAUUUGGAUUUCAUCUCAGGAAGUGGUUAUCAAAUCAAACCAGCAUUACUAAUAACAUAUCUAAUACUGGGGACAAUGAAGUCAUACAAAUAAAGGAAAAUGAAGCUGUAAAAACACUUGGACUGCAUUGGGAUCCACAGGAAGAUCAAUUCCAAUUUAAAAUUAAUUUAAAAAAUUCAAAAACUAUUACAAAAAGGAGUGUUCUUUCUCAGCUUGCACAAAUAUUUGACCCACUGGGUUGGCUUUCUCCCAUAAUUAUAAUUGCAAAGUUAUACAUUCAAAAACUUUGGACACUGCAAUCUAGCUGGGAUAAUCAACUAUCAGAAGACCUACAGAAGGAAUGGAUGCAAUUCAUAGAGAAAUUGCAUUUAAUAGAAAAUGUACGAAUUCCACGAUGGAUAGGAACUUGUAUGGACUCUCAAAUUCAAAUGCAUGGUUUCUGCGAUGCUUCAGAAAGAGCUUAUGCCGCAGUUAUAUACAUAAAAAAGGGUAAUAAUGUUAAACUUUUAACGGCAAAAACAAAAGUAAACCCGCUCAAAAACCGAAAAACAAUUCCGAAAUUAGAACUCUGCGCAGCACACUUGUUAGCUAAAUUGAUCAGUAAAGUGAUAAAAACAAUAAGCUUAUGUCAAGCAAUCUAUGCAUGGAGUGAUUCAACUAUAACUCUAAGCUGGAUUGAAAAUUCAAAAAAUAAAGACAAAUUUAUAAGAAAUCGAAUUGAAGACAUCAAAAUGCUUACUUCUAAAGUAAAGUGGAAACAUGUAAGCUCUAAAGACAACCCAGCAGACGUUGCAUCAAGAGGUAUUUCUGUGGAGAAAAUAUCAAAUCUAGACAUUUGGUGGUAUGGACCAAAAUGGCUGAAAUUAUCUGAAAGUCAAUGGCCAGAAGUCAAAACAAACAACUCAGCAAGAAUAUUGUUAACAUCAAAGGAUCAGAACGAAUUUAUGGAUAAUUUAAUUAGCAGAUAUUCUAGUUGGUUGAAAUUACAAAGGGUUGUGGCAUAUAUACUACGAUUUGGGAAAAAACAAAGAAAUUAUCAAACCGUAAACUUAUCUGCAGAGGAACUCCAAUCAGCUAGAAACAUAAUCAUUCGACAAACUCAGAAACAGUUAUUUAAAAAUGAAAUAAAUAAGUUAAUGAGUGAAAAACACAUUAGCAAUACAAGUCAAAUCGUCAACCUCAAUCCAUUUUUAGAUAAAAAUGGCAUUAUGAGAGUGGGAGGACGACUAACAAACGCAGAAUUACCGUAUUGCAAAAAACAUCCUAUAAUUCUUUCCAAAUCCUAUUUGAGUUCGUUGAUAAUUAAAGAUGCUCACCAUUCCACCCUACAUGGUGGAAACAGAUUAACAGAAGCAAUAAUAAGGAGACAAUACUGGAUCAUAGGGUUGAAAAAUGCAAUCAAAAGUUGUAUACGAAAAUGUUGCAAAUGCAUAAGAUACAACCAAGUCACAGCAAAACAAAUAAUGGGCAAUUUACCAGAAUUCAGAGUGUCACCAUCAAGUCCUUUUACCUACGCCGGAGUUGACUAUGCUGGACCGUUUCAGAUGAGAUGUUCUAAAGGCCGUGGGCAAAAAUCAUUCAAAGGAUAUGUAGCAGUUUUUGUAUGUCUUUCAACAAAAGCAAUACAUCUAGAAGCUGUAAGCGAUUUAUCGACUGAAGCUUUUCUAGCAGCGUUAAGACGAUUUUUUGCCAGAAGAGGAAAGAGUCUUCAUAUGUACUCCGAUAAUGGAACAAAUUUUGUUGGAGCCAGCAGAUGUAUUGAUAAGGAGUUCAAACAUGCAGUAAAAAAUAACAAUGAAGUAUCAUCAAUUUUAGCGAAUGAACAAAUAUCUUGGCAUUUUUCUCCCCCGGCAGGCCCACAUUUUGGAGGAAUGUGGGAAGCAGGAGUAAAGGGAAUGAAAUACCACUUAAAAAGAGCAGUUGGAGACACUAAGCUAACUUUUGAAGAAAUGUCAACAGUUUUAGCACAAAUAGAAGCUUCGUUAAAUUCGCGUCCAUUAUAUGCUAUAAACGAUGAUAAUGGAAUAGAUGCGUUAACACCAGGACACUUUUUAAUAGGAAAACCUAUGUUAUCAAUUCCCUCUUCGGGUGCAGAUGUAAACAUUUCCUCGUUAAAUAAAUGGAAAUUAAUACAAAAAAUUCACCGAGAUUUUUGGAAUCGGUGGAAAGAUGAGUAUUUACAUACACUUCAACAAAGGAAUAAGUGGAAAAUUCCAGCGAAUAAUAUAAAAGAAGGAGAUAUUGUCAUUGUAAAAGAUGAAAAUACACAGCCUACCAAAUGGCCUCUUGGAAAAGUUAUAGAAACGCAUGCAGGAAAUGAUGGACGUGUUCGAGUUGUGACGUUAAAGCUUUCCAACAACACAUUGAAAAGACCAAUCCACAAAUUAUGUCCACUUAUAAAACAAGCAGACAAUAAUGAAGAAAGAAAUGGCGUAAGAACUUCUGCAAUCACAACCAAACCUAUGAAGAAGCAACCUGUAAGUAUGUUUGCGCUCUUGAUCUUAGCGUUUCUUUACAUGGCAACAAGUACUCUUGGUAUGAACAUACACAUUCCUCAAGAAAGAAGUGCAACAGUGAGCAAACUUCCUGAAAAUACUACAAUUUAUCUGGACUCACUGGGAAAAAUGGAUGUAAUCACAUCUACCUGGGAUUUGCUUAUAUAUUAUGAUCUUAAUGCAUAUUUCGAACAGUAUAAUAUGUUGCCAAAUUGCAUUCAAAGAAUAAAAAAUCAUUGCCAGCUAUUAUCCCAGUUUGAAGAAGCAUGUAAUGUCAUAUCAUUAUCACUAGGCAAACGUUACGAAGAUUUAACUCACAAUCAUAAUUUGAUUGUAUACAAUAAAAGGCAAAAAAGAGCUCCAUUAGAAUGGGUCGGUUCAAUUUACAACAUGCUGUUUGGAUUAAUGGAUACAGAUGAUCAAGAAGUAAUAGAAAGUAAUUUUAAAACGUUACUUUCUAAUCAACAUCAGAUCAAGAACAGGCUAAAAUCUCAAAUAUCCUUAAUAAACUCUACAGCCAACAUUAUAAAUAAAAAUUUGAAUGAAGUCAAUUCGCAGUUCUUUAAAAUCCAAACACAAAUAAACAAAUAUCAAUCCGAAAUUAUAAAGGACAUAAAUCGUGAUAAAAUGGCGAUUCAAUUUCAAAUGUUAGUUACUCAAAUUACCAUAUUAUUGAGUGAAUGUGAAAAAAUACAAAAUGCAGUAAUAGAAUUGCUGAUAGAUUUAAACCAAGGAAGAAUAAAUCCAACACUUUUGACUCCAACACAAUUACAAACAGAACUGAUGUUAAUAAAGGACAAACUGCCAGCAAAGUUGUUAAUACCUGGACAACAAACCAACACACAACUAAGAGAUGUAUACAAUUUGAUGAAAACACGAGGAUUAAUUGUGGACGAUAAAUUAGUCAUAAAGGCAGAACUACCUUUAAUUCAAAGUGAAUCAUCUGAAAUAUACAAACUAAUAGUAAUUCCACAUGAAUAUAAUGGAAGACUAUUAAAAGCAAAACUAAGAAACGAAUUUUUAGUUUACAACUUUGGACUUAACUCAUAUUUUUUGAUGUCACAAGCAGAAUUAAAUAAAUGUACAAAAAGCCUCAACAACCAUUUAAUAUGCAAAGGAAAAUCUCCAUGGCAACCUGCUUUAGAUCAAACAUGCGAACUUUCAGCGUUGUUAAAAAGCGGACACACCAACUGUAAAUAUGAGGAAGUGACUAAAUCAAUAUUUUGGUCAGAACUCUUUGAAGAAAAUACCUGGAUCUUUAAAGUGUUCAAAAAUUCUACGAUCCAUCUAGACUGUCAAAAGGGCAAAACGCAGAUAUUGGAUAUUCCGGCACAAGGAAUUCUUUCAAUCAAAGCUGGCUGUACUGCAAGAUAUGAAAGUAUCACCUUAAUCGGUAUGCAAAUAUUUAAAAUGCAGAGCGACAUCAAACCGACGUUGGACCCGAUCGUGACAACUAUAAAGGAAAUAGCGGAGGACCAUAUAACUACUCUUCAAAUAAGUAGAAUAGACGACAACGAACAGCAGAGAAAGCUACGAGAAGACAUUGACAAGAUCAGCAACAACGAAUUAAAAUUAAGUGAGUUAAAUUUAAGAAACCAUAGCGGACAUAUAUCUUUAGUGUUAGUAGUAAUUGUAAUAUUAUGCCUUUUAAUACUAUAUUUCCGUUAUAAAUGUAAAGCGAAUCAUGCUGAUAGAAUCAUUGUCAAUAUUCCCAACCGGUAGAAUAUUAAUUACAUAAAAAAUACAGUCCACUAAUAAUCAUUUCUUUCCCUCGGCAAUAUGUUCAAAUAUCAUUGAACAUGCUUAUUUAUCAGCAAAGCCGAAAUUCUACUGAAUACAAAUAUCUAUUUAUAUAUUAAUAAACAUAUAUAUGUACAUACAUAAUGCAUUUACAUGCAAUGCGCAUGCAAUAAAAACAAAAAUGCAUAGGGACACAUGUCAUAAAUUUAGAGAAGAGAUAAGAUUAUCAUACACACACAUAUGUAUCAAAACAACCCCAUGUCAAGCAACAAUAAACAAUAUGCUGCAAUACAUAUAAUAUACACACAUACGCAUAUAUUUAGAUAGAUAAGAUAGUUUUACAAAUUGUAUAUAAGCAAGAAAAAUACGAAAUAAAGAUCAGAUUUGAAAGAAAAUCUCAAUCGAAAA